GACCCAUGUAGGGUAUACCUAUGUAGCAUCUCUGCGCCAACAUUUUUAUAACAUCGUCAUCCUUCGUCUAGAUCUAGAACUCAAACACCAGCUGCACGAUAAGGUAUGUGUAUUUGAGAAAGAGAACGCGAGUUGAGUUGUGUGCGCGACUGCGACGCCGUUUUCGAGAAUUCGAGAGACAGAGAAAAGUGUACAGGAACACCACGAGCAUCAGUACGGUCGAGACCAUAUCGUCAUCAUCAUCAGAGAGGAAAAAACAGAUAGAGAGUAGGGGGAGAGGAAGACAACACGUGCUGCCUGGAGGCAAGGAUGGACGCCGUCAAUCGCGAUGUCAUCCUCGCGGACUUUCAGGCUUGCACUGACAUCGACGACGUUGGCCUGGCGAUUUUGCACCUGGAAACAUCGAACUGGGACCUGCUGGCGGCAAUCAACAAUGCCAUGCCACAGAAUUCACAGCAGUUGCCGUCUGAGAUGAACCGGGAUGUGGAAAUGAUCGAUGAAAUCAAGCCUCGCCAACCAAUAGUCUGCAGUCCCUCCGAAGACAUUGUUGAAGUCAUGCCUGGGACAAGUAGUAACAACUCGAGGAUGAACACCAGGGUUCAGGCAAACUUGGCGCGCACAAAAACGCUUCCAAAGCAACUCAUGUUUACUGUGCACUACCAGUCCUCCGUUUAUCCCGUCGACAUAAAAGAUACUUGCACACUAGGGGACUUAAAAAUACUAAUAUACAGUCUCACAAAAGUCGCACCGUGUCAGCAACAAUUGCACGGAUGGAAAAAAGAGCCUAAAGACGAUGAUACUGUUUUAAAGUCCCUCGACUUGCCGCGUGAGAAUGACUUGUACAUGUCGUCUGUGUCGGAAAUAGGAGACACGGCUUCGCCAGCAGUUAAACUGUCAGACCGCGCAGCCAGUACGUUUCGACUAAAAAUAAAGGAUGAAGUUAAAUGUACAACUUAUGACCUAAAUUUCCCUGGCACAACGACGAUUCAAGAUUUGAAGAGCAACAUAUACACGCUCAACGAGGUACCAGUUAGGUAUCAAGUGUGGAAAGGAUGGCCGCCGCAAGUUAAAAACGACGCGGUGACAUUGGCGGGCAGCGGUAUUCCUAUUUCGGGUAGCACACUCUCUGUUUCUAAAUUAUCAUCUACAAAGGAGACGAAAAAGGAACUGGUUAAUCUCAUCGACACAGACAGCUCUCCUGAGGAAGACAACGAUGAUUUUGAAGAUGUGCCAGAAUCGUUCCAAAUGGACGAUGAUAUUUUUAUCGAUCAAGUUCAAACUUCGAAAAUUCAACACUUAAUUCCCGAUCACGUUGAUGACGAAGUUGUUGGUACGUUACAUUUCUUGGAAGAGUACAAAAAGCGAUAUGGACCAAAUCACCCUAACUUUUUUACCGGCACCCUUGAAGACGCGAUGGCAGAAUCUUGCUCCAAGCCACCGAGAGAUAGAAAGUUAUUAGCAGUAUACUUACAUCACGACAACAGUAUCUUGGCGAACGUCUUUUGUACACAAUUAUUAGGCUUUGAAACAGUUUUGCAACUUCUGUCGGCUAAUUUUGUAGUUUGGGGAUGGGAUUGCACUUACGAAUCCAAUAAACAAAGAUUCUUGACUUCGAUUCAACAAUUAUUAGGAUUAGGCGUACACACGACUGUCAGGGGUAUCGAUGUUGAUACUAUGCCUGUGAUGAUUAUAAUUAUGCGAUCUAGAUCCAACACAGAUAUUUUCACCAUUGUUCAUGGAAAUGUCGGAGUUAACGAACUACUUACUAACCUUAUAGAAGCUGUAGAUGUGUUCCAGGAACAAAGACAAAAUGACGUUGAAUUUGAAGACGAGCGGCAAGCUAGAGAAAGAGUCAAAGAAGAACAAGACCAAGCCUACUAUGAGAGUUUAGCUGCUGACAGAGCCAAGGAGAAACGCAAGCAACUACAAGAGAAAAUUGAGAAGGAAAAGAAAGAACGAGCAGAAAACGAGAGACUUGCUGAUCAAGCCAAGAAAGAGGCUCGCAGGUUGGCUGUAGAAUCGUGUUUAACAGAUGAACCGUCGGAAGACGCGCCAGGUGUUUUAAAGAUAAAGAUACGCCUUCCGUCUGGCAAGUUCUUGGAGCGAAGGUUUACCAAGAACGCUAAGCUCCAGACAGUUUUGAAUUUUUUGAUUGUUAAGAACUAUCCCACGGAAGACUACAAGUUGAUCAGCUGGCCCAGAAGGGAUCUCACAAGUAUAGACACGAAUCAGACGCUAAAUGAAUUGAAUUUCUCCCCACAAGAGACCUUAAUCUUGGAGGAGCGAUAAAUACCCGGAGUUUAAACUUGAAUUAAAUUCGAAAUUUAACAGAACUGAGCAUUGUUCGUGUACCGAGUAUUUAUUAAACAAUUUUCUUAGUUGGAUAAAAAUAAAAAAUUUUUUGUCUGUUUACUAAACAACUACGUUUGUAUGCAGUGCUCUUUUUAUACAUACAGUAAUACCAAGUGGUGAACGUAGUUCUUUUAUAAAGAUAAAUUUCGCGAAUAAUGAUUUUCAUGCAUGGAAAAUUGUACAAUUCAAAUUAACAAAAUGAAUAAAUUAGAUUGUAAAGAUCGUUAAA